AUGGCAAUUAAACUUUACAAGAAAUGGAGAGAUAUUAACUUAAAAGAAAGGGCCGCCCAAAAGAGAAAGAAAUCUGGUGGAGAUGGAGUUAUGAGAAACAACCUUCAAAUAAAUCCAAAACCAAAACCAGCUGCUCCUAAAGUUGUUGAUAAACCAAAAAAAGUUGUACAACCAGCUGCUCCUAAGGUUAUUGAAAAGCCUAAAAAAGUUUUACAGCCUGCACCACCAAGAGCACCCUCCAGAGCUCCUCAACCACAAUCCUACCGUCAUGACGAUGAUGACUCUGAUGAUGACUAUGAUGACGAUGAUGAUGAUGACUCUGAUGAUGACUCUGAUGAUGACUACGAUUCUGACUUUGAUGAUGACGAUGAUUAUUAUGAUGACGAUGAUGAUGAUUUCGAAGACUAUGAUGACUACAAUCUUAUCUAUUCGAAUGUUAAAGAUAUUCAUUGUAAACUAAAACUAAAGUCUUUUAAUUGGUCAGAGUUGUUACAAUUACCAAGACAAUUAGCAUACUAUCAAUACUUUGAUGAAUUGAAAGAGUUUUUAGUUGUAAAUAAACCGAAAUCAAUCGGUGAUUUCACUUCAACUUUGUUGUCUGCAAUCAAAUAUGAUCGGUUAGAUAUAUUCAAAUGGUGUAUUGAUAAUAUGGUAUCGAUACACUCGAUAAAUCAUUCACAUUUACCAUUCGAUAAGUUAAUGCGUGAAUCGACUAGAUAUGGUAGAUUGGACAUUUUAAAAUACUUGGAUAGUAUCGAUCGAUUCAGCCAUCAGAAGAGUACAAUCACUGAUUGCUAUGUGUUAUCACCUGUCUGUGGUAAUCUCGAUGUUGUCCAGUGGUUCGAACAAACAUACUACAUUACCUGGAGAAAUAACAAAGAUAGAGAUUCUGCUGCUGGUAAUGCUGCUAAUUAUGGACAAUUGGAUAUACUUAAAUACUUUGUUGAAAGUAGCAGCAGCAAAAGCAAGUUAUAUAUCCCAAGCUCUGUUGUCAGCUCCGCCAUUAAAGGUUGUCAUAUGAAUAUCUUGAUGUACUUGCAUGAGAAUGGAGUGGAAUUAAACGGUCCCACUCAUCUUUUAGAUACGCUUAUUAUGUUUCCAGAGAAUAUAGAUUCCGUAAAGUUCAUAUUGGAACAUGGAAAUAUCAGGAUAGGAUGGAUUGCCUUUACCAAUUCAAUACGUACUGGUGACUUGGAGUUUGUAAAGUACUUACUCGCUAAACUUCCACCAAGAGAGUUCCGGUUGCACAGCGUGGAUAUCGCAGCUGACCUAGGUUAUCUUCAUAUCGUUACUUAUCUGUAUGAGCAAUUCAAGAUGGUUCAUCCCGAUGCAAUCAGUAUCUCCAAUGCCAUUGAAUAUGCAUCUUCAAACGGGCAUUUAGAAGUGAUCAAAUGGAUCCACAACAAUACAACACUAGGAUGUAGUCAUCAGGCCAUGGACAUGGCAGCUAAAAACAAUCAUCUUCACGUUCUACAAUGGUUAUUCGAGAAUAGGGCUGAAGGAUGUUCAAAGAAAGCAUUGAUAAAUGCACUUUCAAACAAUAAUAUUGAAGUAUCUAAAUGGCUACAUGCCAACUGCACUACUCAUUCAGAGGUAAUGGAAGUACACGAAGUAAUUAAGAACGAUCAUUUAGAGGCAUUCCAAUUCCUACAUGCAAUUCGAUUGACUAAGAAUCUUGAUAUCGACAAUAAAGAUUUACAAUUGGUAUGUCGAUGGGGAUCAAUAAGAAUCCUCAAGUAUAUUCACAGCUAUUAUAAAGAUAAUCAACAUAACCAAAGUUCGAACAACACCGUAUUUACAAGUAAUCUAAUUGAUAUUGCAGCAGAAGAAGGAUGGAUCGAAGUUGUUAGAUUCCUACUUGACAAUCGUACAGAAGGUUUCAAUCAACAAGCACUUAACAAUGCUGCUUUCAAAGGUCAUCUGUCGGUGUUACAACUAUUGAUCAGCCACAAAGAACACAAUUGGACCAAUUCAACAUUAUACGAAUCACUGCGAAACAAAAGAUAUCAUGUCACUCUGUGGUUACUUGAGAAUAUGUCACCACACUUUGACAUUCGCGAAUUACUUGAAGAGGACGAAGAUCUUGCCUAUCAUUACCAUGUAGUCUUUCUUUUGAAUGAAAGAGGUGUAGAUGAUGCAAUCGAUUGGUUAAAAGAUGCAAUAUUCUUUCAAACAGAAUCAUCAUAA